GUUGACUUGAGCGGUUCCGUACAGGUCAUCUGGAUCCAAGAUCUCAUGAUGGGCGGUUUUAAGACUUUUGUCUGCCUGUGUGCGUUCAGUAUAUUAACUGCCAGCGCUGCACCACAAGGAAAUAACGGAGUUCCAGGUAGUGCCUUACAGCAACAAAAGAGUUCUCAGUUCCAAGCUAUCCAGCCAGGAAAUAAUGGGGCUCCAGGUAGUGCCUUGCAGCAACAAAAGAGUUCUCAGAUUCAAGCUGUCCAGCCAGGAAAUAAUAUCGGAGCUCCAAAUAGCGCUUUGCAGCAACAACAGGCUUCCCAGACUCAAGCUAUCCAACCAGGAAAUAAUAUCGGAAGUCCAGCCAGUGCUUUACAGCAACAACAGACUUCUCAGACUCAAGCCAUUCAGCCAGGAAACAACAUUGGAAGUCCAGCCAGUGCUUUACAGCAACAACAGUCUUCCCAAACUCAAGCCAUUCAGCCAGGAAACAACAUUGGAAGUCCAGCCAGUGCUUUACAGCAACAACAGUCUUCUCAAACUCAAGCCAUUCAGCCAGGAAACAACAUUGGAAGUCCAGCCAGUGCUUUACAGCAACAACAGUCUUCUCAAACUCAAGCCAUUCAGCCAGGAAACAAUAUUGGAAGUCCAGCCAGUGCUUUACAGCAACAACAGUCUUCUCAAACUCAAGCCAUUCAGCCAGGAAACAACAUUGGAAGUCCAACCAGUGCUUUACAGCAACAACAGUCUUCUCAAACUCAAGCCAUUCAGCCAGGAAACAACAUUGGAAGUCCAACCAGUGCUUUACAGCAACAACAGUCUACUCAAACCCAAGCCAUUCAGCCAGGAAAUAACAUUGGAAGUCCAGCCAGUGCUCUACAGCAACAACAGACUUCUCAGACUCAAGCAGUCCAGUCAGGAAAUAAUAUUGGAGCUCCAAAUAGUGCUUUGCAGCGACAACAAAAUUCCCAGAUCCAAGCCAUUCAGCCAGGAUAUAACAACGGACUUUCAAGUAGCUCCUUGCAGCAGCAACAGAGUUCUCAGAGUCAAGCCAUUCAGCCAGUGAACAAUAACGGUGUCCAAAAUGGCGCUUUGCAACAACAACAGAUCUCUCAAAUUCAAGCUAUCCAGCCAGCAAACAACAACGGAAUCCAAAAUGGCGCAUUGCAACAACAACAGAUUUCCCAAAAUCAAGCCAUUCAGCCAGUAAACAACAACGGAAUCCAAAAUGGCGCGUUGCAACAACAACAGAUUUCUCAAACUCAAGCAAUUCAGCCAGGAGUAACCAAUGGAGCACCAGGCGUCAGUUGGCAGAACCAACAGGCCAACCAGAAUCAAGCCAUUAUUAAUAGUCAAGCUAACAACAAUAUACAAAACAGCGCUUGGCAGAAUCAACAGAUCGCUCAAAAUCAAGCUAACGUUGUAAACCAGCCAGUCGUGAACAAUGGGAUACGAAACGUCAAUUGGCAGAAUCAAUACAGUACACGGAACCAAGCGAAUGUCGUCAGCGGACCAGGAACCUCAGUUCCAGCAGGACCGUGGAACUAUUGGACUCCAGGUUACCAAUGGCAGACGCCUGCACAAACAACCGGAUGGCCAUCAGACUUACCUGCAUCUUGGACUGCAGGGUAUAACUGGCAAAACGGAGGCCAACUUUCCGGUGCUCCAUGGCAGAUUAACCCUAUUUACGAACCAAUCCGACCAUUGGGGUCUGUUCAGACACUUCCCAUCCAGCCCACAUCAGUCUCUACCAGUUCGAUUCUUGGACUUCAGACAAGACCAACCAUAAUUGAACAAGUACAACCCGGAGUUAUCAACUCCAUUCCAGUACAAACAGUUAAUCAAGCAACGGCCUCUGUCGGUCAGACAAGACCAACUGUAAUUGAGGAAAUCACUCCAUUACAAAGUACAUCCAGUGGAACAGUAGUAGUGGAAGCUACUCCGGGACAAACUGUAACAGUUGAGAGAAUUCCCCUAACUCCAACUGAGACAGUGGUUCAACCAGCUCCAGUAGUUAGCUCCAUUCCAAUACAAACAGUCAGUCAAGCAACGGCCUCUGCUGGCCAGAUAAGGCCAACUGUAAUUGAAGAAAUUGCUCCAUUACAAGGUAUUUCCAGUGAAACAGUUGUGGUUGGUCAAAAUUUGGGGCAAACUGUAGCAGUAGAGAGAAUUCCCCCAAAUCUAAGCGAGACAGUCAUCCAACCAGCUACAGUGCAAUCUGGAUUAGUCCAAGCCACUUCUUCAGCAUCAGCAGAAUCGUCAAUUGGGUUAACACCAUCAAUAACAGUAGUAGAGAUUCCGUCAGGUCCAAGCGAAGUUGUCAUCCAACCAGCACCAAUAGAAGAAAUUAUCGAUGAAACGCCGGUGGAAACUAUUGUGAUCGAAAAUGAAAGACCAGUGGUCAUUUCUUCAGCUGCUACUGCAUCUGAAUCUGAAGUGAACAUCACAUCCAAUGAAAGCUCAUCCAGCGAGAGUUCAACUAGCGUGAACUCAUCCAGCCAAAGUUCAUCCAGCGGGAGUUCAACCAGCGAGAGUUCGUCCAGCGAGAGUUCAACUAGCGAGAACUCAUCUAGCCAAAGUUCAUCCAGCGGGAGUUCAACCAGCGAGAGUUCCUCCAGCGAGAGUUCAGCCAGCGAGAGUUCCUCUAGCGCGAGUUCAGCCAGCGAGAGUUCAGCCAGCGAGAGUUCCUCUAGCGCGAGUUCAGCCAGCGAGAGUUCAGCCAGCGAGAGUUCUUCCAGUGAGAGUUCUACCAGCGAGAGUUCCUCUAGCGAGAGUUCAUCCAGCGAGAGUUCCUCUAGCGCGAGUUCAGCCAACGAGAGUUCCUCCAGUGAGAAUUCUACCAGCGAGAGUUCCUCCAGCGAGAGUUCUACUAGCGAGACUUCCUCCAGCGAGAGUUCUUCUAGCGCCCAAUCUUCAACUGCUAGUAGCAAUUCCAGCACCUCCACUAGCUCGUCAUCAUCAUCAGCUGAAGCGGCCAGUUCAAGCAGCUCUUCAGUAUCUGACGUCGCGACGAGUUUAGCACAGCAACCUGGGGUAGUAAAUUCAGUGGCAAAGAUCUGCGUUUGCUACGAGACAAUCGAAGAUGUCCCCGAGAACUUGCGUGCAGAAAUAUAUGAAUACUAAACUGAAAUAUCCAUCUCUGUUUAAAUAGAAUUUACUGAAAAGGUAAUCAAAUUUUGUUGGAAUUAACAGAGAAUAACUCUCUAACUAUACACUAGCCUGCUAUGAAUUGAGAAAAAUAGCAACUGAUAGUGCAUAGUUUGUCCUCUUUUUACUAAUUAUAUUUGCAUAAGAAGAAAGGAGACGACCAUAUGGUUUACAGUUUUUAUUUUAUCAUUGCUUCUAUGUAAAAUUCCUUGUUCUCAGUUUGUAUUGCAGUUAGACAUAAGCAAAUUGUCUAUGGUCGAUUAUUCGUUUCAUUAUAUUUUCAGUACAUUCUAUGAAAACAGACUAUGCACAUAAUUUGACCGCCAGCGAUAGUCAGUGAUUCGUAAAAAUUGUCUUUCUUGAUUUGUUUAUUGUUUUAUUAUUUUUCUUUUUCUUUUAUAUUUCGAAUAUAACCUACACACGUGUUUUGAUAAAAAUUGUCAUUUAAAAAUGAAAUAAAUAAUAUAACAGUUUGUUUUCUU